CAAGCACGGCACCAUCGAGGCAAAAAGCCUUAAAAACCAAGGAACUUGCAAUCGUUGAUCCCUUCUGUCUCGCAUUGUACCGUACCCUUCAGUGCAGCCAACGAAACGAAACGAAACGCAACGCAACGCAACGCAAACCGAAGGGGUGAGUACAGUUUUCCCUUGUCGCAGAGCACCCGCACCGCACCGCACCGCACCGCACAACGAAAAUACACACGCCUUAAAAAUACAUACUUCUUGAUUCUUUCGUUUGGAAAGAAGAAAGGAAGACGGUACCCGACUUUGGCGCAGUACCUUUAAAUUUUKAACGAGUGCAUUACAUUCUGUACCGUKGACCAAGGGUUCUCUCGGCGCAGUCGUGGCAUCAUACUUUGACAUUCAUACUASAUCCUCCGUCACCAAAGAACAAGCAUCMCGAACAKCACUUUGAAYACUUAUAACGCAAUUCAAUCMASGAAGAACACGUGACAGUAUGGUUUCCACACAAUUMAACCACCACAACAGGGUCGGCACCGGCGGGAGUUGCACUGGAAGCAAGAAUGGCUGCGCAAACAUCACCAUCAACGUUCCGGGCAGCUACAACAACACGAGCAAUCACCAGAACAGCGGAGGCAACGGCAACAGCAAYCAUACCGUAAACAACAACGGGAAGAACAUGCACUCCGAGGUGGGCAUGGCGGCCCCCGUAAGUAUUUUAGUACUCGUGAUCGUGAUGGUGCUCGUGAUCGUGCUCGUGAUCGUACUUGUGUUUCGAUAGUAGGCUUGUGGUAGAAUCGAUAUCGAUCCGAUGGAAUUCACAGGAAUGCAUUCGAUGGAAUCCAUUGGUUUUCACGAGCGAUGGUUCGUUCGGUUCCUGGAUCGGUGCAUGAACAUGGACUGCGUACAUACACAUACUCGAGAGCACACGGUCUUGCUCGGGUAAAAAAACAAAUGGAGCAAACACCAUAACAACGGAGAGGGUAUGUUUCGGUGCAACACAACCUCUGGAAGCAUCAGAAACUGCCRGACUGAUGGAUGGGUGUGGUGGAGAACGGUAUUUCUUCAAACCAAGURAAGUACCGCACGAACCAAUCAUCCUGGGAACGAACGAACGAACGAACGAUCUGCCCGGAUUCGGAAAAAACGCAUCGGCUGGGAUGGCCUCUGGUGGAAGAGAGGAAGCCACGAGUGUUGCGGAAAGCGACGAUCGUGUUGCGUGGAACAAGCACAGCACUUUUGAAUGUUGGAACGAACGAUGCGGUCCAUCGCUGUCAGCCAACCAAUGCAUCACAUCCACCCGUCCAUCGUUUGGUCCUACCACGAGGUCUGGGACGGGAGGAACCAGAUCUCUCGAUCUCUCUUUGGCACCUACAAUGCCUUCCGUUUCAAACCAUUUGUUGUCCUCGAGCGUCUCCUCUCGAUUUGUCUACGGGACCSGACUCCCCAUUCUUUCCUUUCACUGCCCAUUCGUCGUUGCCGGAGCCAAAUCUCACCAGGCCUGUUUGCUUCCAUUUUCUUGUAACUCGCUCUCUCUCUUUCUCUAACGCCCCGUUCGCYGGGCAGUCCGAGUACCGGAAGUAUCAAGAGUACGACAUUGCGGUCGAUCCGGAACAGGAUGACAAGGCCACCGAGAUCAAGCUUUGCUCGCUGGCAAAGCCCCACAUGAUGGCCUUUCACUGUUCCUGGUGGGGAUUCUUUGUGGCCUUUUUCAUUUGGUUCGCMAUCUCCCCCCUCCUCAGCGAGAUCCGGGAGGAUCUCGGGCUCUCGGACCAGGCCAUUUGGAACUCCAACAUUACCAGCGUUGCCGGAACYAUCUUUAUGCGCAUCGUCCUCGGUCCCKCCUGCGACAAGUGGGGAGCUCGAAUCCCCAUGGCCGUGGUACUGGUCCUGUGCUCGAUACCCACCGCCCUUACGGGCUUUGUCAACUCGGGCAUCGGCCUGGCCUUUUUGCGGUUGUUCAUUGGCUGUGCCGGUGGAACCUUUGUCAUGUGCCAGUAUUGGACGUCCCGGAUGUUUGCAACGGAGGUGGUGGGCACGGCCAACGCCCUCGUAGGAGGAUGGGGAAACCUCGGGGGUGGCGUCACGCAGCUGGUGGUCGGAGCRGGCCUCUUUCCCCUCCUCAAGCUCUGCUUCAACGGGGACGCCACCAWGGCCUGGCGCACCGUGAGCGUCUUUCCGGCGAUACUCGCCGUCUUUACGGGAUACAUGAUCUACAAGAUCGSCGACGAUUGCCCSAAGGGAAACUACGCCGAUCUCAAGCGCCACGGRUCGAUGCAGGAGCGGUCCGCCGCCUCCUUUUUUCGACAGGGGUGCUGCAACUUUAACACCUGGAUCCUCUUUGUUCAGUACGCCUGCUGCUUUGGAACCGAGCUCACCAUGAACAACGCUGCGGCCCUGUACUUCAAGGACAAGUUCGACCUCAACACGGAAACCGCUGCGGCGAUUGCCAGCAUCUUUGGGUGGCUCAACAUUUUUGCUCGUGGGUUAGGUGGAUACUGCUCCGAUCGGGCCAACGGCAACUGCGGGAUGAGGGGAAGGCUCUGGGUCCAGACGGGAUGCCUCGUCGCCGAGGGCGCCCUGGUCCUSUUCUUUGCCCAGACCCAGUCCCUUACGUCGGCCAUUGUCGUCAUGAUUUUCUUUUCGCUCUUUGUGCAGGCCGCGGAGGGCUCUACCUACGGCAUUGUUCCGUACGUCGAUCCCCCCUCCACCGGUGCGAUUGCCGGAAUCGUCGGUGCCGGCGGAAACACCGGCGCCGUCUGCUUUAGCAUCGGCUUUCGGCAGCUCGACUACAAGAACGCCUUUACCAUCAUGGGCUUUGCGACGCUCGGGGCCGCCUUUUUCUCGGUCUUUAUCCUGGUCAAGGGCCACGCGGGCAUGUUUUGUGGCAAGGACGAGCACCACCAGCAAACGGUCACCGAGGAGCUCUUUACGCCGUACAACGUUCAGGGCCGAAAGAGGGGCAAUGGCUCUCUGAUGCUGCCUUCGCGGUGCCCCUCGAACGACCUGGAUUCCUCAUCCUCCUCGUCGGAUUCCUCUCGCAGCGAUGGGGAAGCAGAGCACGAUGGGUACCUGCAGCCGCACUCGGCGACGUCGACAUCGUCGUCCUCGAGCGACCACUCUCCCCUCCAGGACUUUGGGAUGAUACCGAUCGAGGAGGAAGACGAGGAAACCUCCAGCGAGGUUGGMGAUUCGGCGGAAACAGAAGAAAAAGGCGACGGAACAACAMCGACGACACCCGCACCGAGCGCGGGGGAACCGUAGAGAAUCCAGCUCCUUCUUGUUCCACCGAUCGAAAGAACCAUCCCAGCAGGCGGUGCUGAUCACCGUACCGGGAACAGCGAUCCCAGAAAGGAUCGUUCGACUCUGACGAAGUGCAACCGAAUCAAAGGCAAUCGAUUCGAUCCCUCUUUUGUAGGCAGCACUCGACAGCUACCGCUACCAACCACUACGUACAUUACAACAUCCCACCGCGCUACACUUCACUCCAACAAUUCCACAACCACCACCGCCAUUGUACAGUAAACAAACAAACCAGCACUGUUCCAUUCAUGUUUGCGUUUCGGAAACAAACCGCCAUCAGAUUGCUUUCGAGACGCACAACACCAACUCUACAUUUUGCAACGCAAAUGCCAAUUGUCGUUCGAAUUUUUUAUUUAUUUUUUUUGUAUCGAUACAAAUCCAUAACGUUUCUACCGUUAGAUCUACAUUUUUAUACUUUUUUCACUUCGAAUMUUCUAAUGGUCUACAUAGAUAGAAAUGGUGUAAACUUCGUGGACGAUGAUUUCUACGAGUAACAAUAUCAUUCAAGCGGUGAAACAAACAAAAGCGGGAUCCAUAAUAUUCCAGUGAACAGCUAGAUUUCCGUUGGGUGCAACGMAAUUUUUCAGCAGAACUGUAUUGAUGAUGUGGUUGCUAACUCUGAUUUUACCGGUCGGUCUYAUUAAGCAGUAUCGUGAUUGUUGMUUGUUUCGUCUGUACACUACUCCCUACUUCCCCCCCCGGCCGCCGCUACCCCAGAUGUGUGGGAAGCGUGGUAGUAAGAAGCCUUCAUCAUUUUCAUCACAGUCUCCGCCGCUGACCACGAUGGCAGCAGAUCGCUGUCCUUGUUGUUGGUUGCGGCAAAGGCAACAGUACUUGCAGUGGCAGUGGUGUCCGUGCCAACUUUUUCGUCAUGGGGUAACGGAAGAAUGUAGCCGCCGCCAAAGGUAUCUCCGGAAUGUUGUUGAACGACUGCUGCUUCCCUCCCGAGACAGGAAACAUUGACGUCAGGAUUCCUCCUAUAUAGCACGGAAGAGUUGUGCCGAUUAGGUACCGACGGAGCAAGCGGUGCUCUCGCAGCGGGUCGAAUCGAAGAAUGUUGCUGCCGAUGGUGACAAUGCUGAUCAUGUUGCGUUCGUUUUCGACGACGAAAGACGUUUCUGUCCAUCGAUGUGCAUCUUCUAGUAGUUGCUAUUGUCACACUUCUCAUGGUGACUGUUGUGAUUGUUUCUGAAGUCUUUGGGUCUUUACACCAAGCUGUGAUGAUAUUACGUACUUCUAUGUGAUCUUUCUUUGAACGUGUAACCUAAAGGUAGCUACUAUUUCUGGAUUUUAGUUGCAUAGACCGAAGGCAUGGUUUCUACAUGGAUUCGUAAAAACAGUGUGUUUGUGUUGAAAAAGGUUGAUACGUAAGUCAGUAUUGUYUCGUUCGACUCCGAGUUUUUAGCAAGACUUCGGCUUUAGAUAAGUAAUGAUAGAGCUUUAAUGCCAAUAACCGUAAUCUACUUUAUCGUCUUUCUUCCGUACGAUACAGCAGUGCUGGCAGGAGCUGUACGUGAAUCAGUUCAUCAACUCCGUCAGCUCCUACUGAUCCCAAGUUCGYACGUACUUCGUGGUAUCGCGCACCGAUGACAAACCCAAAUACGAAAAGAAAAAAUACUUUCUUCAGUCGUGGACCAACGAUCUUGAUCGUCCCUCGCUGAUUCCAAGAGAAGUAUUUCUGUCAACACUAGCUUUCCUACUACUGAUGUCGUUUUGUCAAGUACCUCUAUUGUAAACAAUUCAAUAGCAAGAAUGAAUUGUAUUGCGCAAUCCGUUGGUACUAGUGAUGCAAUGAGAGUUGAGGAAUGAAAGAUUGAUGAUUUGCACAAUGAACAAUCCUUCAUGGGUCGUUCACUAGAGCGACUGGGUCACUCUUUCAAAGUCUUUAUGAAAUGCUUAAUUUCCGACUCAGUUGUGAUGUCUCAUUCUGCUAUGCUCGAAUGCUUCGGAUACAACGUAACAUGCUUGGUAACGUUCAAGAAUGUCGGAUCCCUAGCAUAUGACUUAAAAGGAUACGAYGACAAUGCGAUUGCCUUUUUGAUGAAGCUCGCACAAGUUCCCAUAGCAGCUACCAAUAAUUAUGUCAUAGGUGGACUCGUUCCAAUUGUUCUAAACACGGUAUUUCGCAAACCAAGAAAAAUCUUAUCUUCGGCAAUGACAAGAGGCUUUAGUGUUAUCACUGGAAUUUUUUUAUUUUUGCUUUGGACAGACGGCAACAACGAAAUUCCUUCGUUDUUGCUAGGGGCAAAAUGGAGCGGCGAGAAGGCCACUCGGAUCAAGUGGGUGACUUCUGUACUCGCAGGCUGGUUCUUCUUCGCAGAAGUGCUAAGASUGAAGAAAGUAUCUAAGUUUGCAAAUUUUCUUUUGACGAUGCUGGUUGUUGGAAUAGCACUGAACUCAAUAUUCAAUUGAUGCUGGGCGGAAACGAAAGGAAGUAUGAAUUUGUGGUAUGGAAUUAGUUGUACCAAAUAAAAGU